CACCAUGGUAGGGCGGCGACCAUUGACGCAGCCGUUGCGGUCAACGUCGGGUAAUAACUCUGUCCCUCCGGCGAUGCUGGGCUUGAAGGAGUACCUCUCCUCAAGGGAAGAGGAAAUACACCAGGUCUUUGGUCGAAGGGCAGCGGGUAGUAGUUUGCAGUUUCCAGUUCGCAGCCUUCGACGGCGAAUACGCAGUGCCAGGCCUCGUGGGAGGCUCAGUGCAGCUCAGAUGGCCAGACUGUUGGAAAAAAGGGCACAUGUAGCGUCUAGGAGCCCUCAACGGCGGUCCCGGAAGGCUCGGUGGCGUACGCUGCAGUUCUGGAAAGAAAGGGGGGUCUUGGCCACCCACAUCUGGCAUGCCAAGAGAUUUGAGAUGGUCGAUGGCAUCCCAAUGAGAGUUCGCGAUAAGGGUGAACGGGCCGUUCAUCGGAUAGCAUCUCAUAAGUGCGUCGUGAUGGACAGAUCGUCUUGGCCUUGUAUAGAGGUGCAGUGUAAUACCUCUGAAGAAUUAAAUGAAGUGCUCGGGCGUGGCCUCCGGACUAGUAUCAGUCUGACUAUGGGGCUGUUUGCUUCUGAGGGGCGUUUGCGGGCUGCGGCAUUGCUCUUGGGAGAUGAAGGGGAGGUAUUAUCUCCGAUUUACGUUAUGCGUGAGGAAAAUCCGGCGGGAAAGGCGUUCAUUUGGGUUCAUCCUAGUGCGACUGAGCAUCUCGAAAAUCUGUUGAUGGGAAAAUUGUCAUCGAUGACGCGUCUGAAGCCAUCAGAAAUGUCGUGGUUUGCUCUGGAGGGCCCCAGAGCUCGAGAGACUGUAAUGAGAGCUCUCGAUAUAGAAGCGUCAUCUACUUUGGGGGGAAUAGUCCAGCGGGGUGCAGUGCACGUUGUCACUACUUCGCACGGAUGCGACGUUAUCGUAUCUGAUGGGAUGAAUGCAGCAUUUCGAAAGUUGGUGUUUGCUGGGGCUAGUGCAAUUGGGCAAGAUGACUGGGAGAAGCUGCAUAGAGGAGUUCCCUGCUUCCCCAUGGACUACCCCGAUAGUGCAGCAUGUCGUCGGCGUAGUGCUGAACAGGCCAAGACCCUUCUGGAGAGGCAGUUGAGGCGGCCAGGGGCGCUCAAGGGGGAAAGUUUGGCAAUUGAAAGCCCAUUGUUCACUGACUGGAGUUUGCUGGCUGACCUUGAGGGCCUGGCCCUGCCGAGGGUCGCCAGGGACGAUAGAGCUAUUGAGAAGGCGGACCUUGUCUGUGUGAGGCUGAGGGCCGAUGCUCGAGGGGUUCCAUCAGCGUUAGCACAUCUAUAUGCUACUACGGAAGAGGACGAGGGUGAAUCAACGUUAUAUCAAUCCAAGGGGGAGAGUGAAUCGAUACGACCAUUGAUAGGGUUCGUCACUUCUGGUGGUUUUGGUUAUCAUCAGGGCUGCGGCAUCGCUAUUGGGUUUAUCAAAGCUUCCUUCUACGGUUCAAUGCAGACAAACAAGAUUUGGUUUCGCAACGUUACUUCACGACACUACCACAGGGCAGUCGUCAAGAGGCUGGGGCGAUGGGAAGGAACAGAUUCAUUUCUCUCUGGCCUUAAUGUGGUUUCUACGUAA